UUGUUUUUCUAUUACUCCCAGCAACGUCAGUGUCAGACGAUGCUUCUCAGGCUGGCUCCGCUGAGAAAGGUUCUAACGGAGUUCGGGCAUCCUCAGCUCCAUGUACCGCAGGAACACAGAGAGGAACCACCCUCUUUGCGACGUUCACCCAGAGUCCGGACAUCAUCGCGGAAAUGAGGACAACACCUCGUACUACGGUAAUAUUCUCCCUGUGUACGCCUGGGAUGACCUACUCCCUAUACACACCUGGAACGACCCAAUUGCCUGGAGCAUCGUUUUACGGACGUAUGCCACCAAAGCGUUAGGCUACAGCUCCCACCCGCAACGACUCCCUCCCCUCUUGCUCCCUGAGCUGCCCUUCCCGAGUCGCCCAAAUCAACGGCAACACCACCGAAUCCUUGACCAAGCGAACCUGCUACAGCAUUCCCAGCCUCGCUGUACGUUUCUGAUUGGGUAUUCUCUCGGCCUGCUAUGCCUGUAUCGAUUAUCGAUGACCAAUGAUGACUCGAUGGUGGAAGUUGAGCAGUUGAUGCAGAUGUUGAGGAUGGCCCCGUAUGAGCCCGCCUGGAUAUACUGAGGAUUCGGCGCGGCGGAGGCGGCUUUUACAAGAACGCUCUGGGACUGCUGGUCGUUGAACCUCAAGCUUUGAAGGGUUGUUCUUGCCUCUGAAUGGACCCACUCUCCGUUUGCCCUUCAAAUUGUCAUGUCGCAUUCACUGAUGCCCUCCUCCUGUCAAGACGUCGAUUGCAUACCGAGAAGCCCAGUACGUAGGUAUCUAUGGAGUCAUACUAUUUGAUUGAAGCAGAGAGGAUCCGUAUGGACAAUAUUGUGUACAGUCUAGGUAACGAGAUAAGUAGAAACGUCUAUCAUCAUAAAUUUGAAUAAAGGAAAUAUCCCAGCUA